AUGGAGGCUGAUUCUUCAAGCUCGCAAAACGAUAACACGCCGACCGAGUUGACCUAUGAAGAAGUGCUAGCAAAGCAUCAAGAAAAAGACACCUCCAAAGUGGUAGUGCGAUUCCGAGCUAUUGGCAAUGCUCCUAUUCUAAAACAAAGUUUUUACAAAAUCACGGCAUCCAACAAAUUCCAAACUGUCAUUCAGUUCCUACGAAAGGAGCUCAAAUAUCAAGGGACCGAUCCUUUGUUUCUCUACAUUAACAGCGCGUUUGCACCCACUCCUGACGAAACUGUUGCCAGUCUCUACAAGUGUUUCAAUACCGAUGGUCAUCUCAUCGUGAAUUACUCCGUUACUGCAGCCUGGGGUUGA